CAUGCACAAGAUGAUGUGAAUGUGGACUUGACAAGGAGAUUUGGAACUGUGAAAGUGCGUGACGUGCCUGUGGAACCUAUCAGUCGAAUGAGCCUAUUGAAGAAUAGAAAUAGAAGUGUUCAGAUGUCAGUGAGAGGUGGUAAUACCAGAUUCUCCGAGAUUUUCGAAUACGAUGAGUCAUCAUUCACUUCACAAGGAUCAUCUCCAACCUAUGCUUCGGAAUGUGAACCAGUGUCAAGUCGAAUAAGCUGAUCAAUAAACAAUGUUGAGGUCGACCGCUUCAGUC